AUGGGUGACGGAUCUGACUAUCCUAGCCCCCGAAGUGAAGCUCCACACGGAGCUGCUGCUGCCUCAGUUCUCGCCUCUACUGCGGAAUCUCUUUCAAUUGCAAGAAUGAACGAACAAGCUCCGAUCAACUACAAUAUAGAGGGCACGCGCCCGCGCCUGUCUGUCCGACGCGCCAGGGAUCCCCCUAAGAACCCUGAAGGUCAGAUUUACUGUGAUCAUCCAGAUUGUCAGACCCAACCUCCUAUUUUCCGCCGUCCAUGUGAAUGGAAUAAACACAUGGACAAACAUGAUCGCCCCUACAAAUGCUAUGAACCAGGCUGUGACAAGAUUCAAGGAUUCACCUACUCAGGAGGUCUCUUGCGCCACCAACGUGAAGUCCACAAAAAGAACACCGACGCCAAGAAGCCCCUCAUGUGUCCUUAUACCGAUUGCAAUCGCAGCACUGGCAACGGCUUUACUCGGCAAGAGAAUCUUCGGGAACAUUUACGACGUCGCCACAUGCACACCGAUGACGGCUCUACGGGUCUUGUGGUUGAAAUGCCUUGGGAUCGCGCCAAUGAGCUCGAGGGUGUCCGUGCCAACUCACUUCCCGCCACCGGUGUGAAGCGAAGAUUUGACUCGCCUCACGAGGAACAACUGCCAGAAGAGGAAAAUGGCGAUCUCCAUAACGAGGUGAAGCGACUACGUCGUGAGGUACAAGAGAAGGAUCGUCGCCUUGAGGAACUGGAGCGCAUUGUGGCAGGUAUUCAACAAUCGAUCCCCCAGCCUGCCCAGUCCGAGCCCGAUACUACAGUGCCUGUGUCACACUCUCUUCCUCCCGUCCCUCAGACUGCUGUGCCCCAAGUCUAA